CGGCUCGGUCACCUGGGCCAGCUCGGCUCCACUCGCCUACGCCUCGCAGUCACCGUGGCUCUUCAACGACUCGCUGCGCAAUAACGUGCUGUUCGGGCGAGGGAUGAAUCCGCGCCGCUACCGGCGCGUGCUGGCCGCCUGCGCGCUCGAUGAGGACAUCAUACUGCUGGGGCCGGCCGGCGACAGCACAGUGAUCGGCGAGCAGGGCGUCGUGCUGUCCGGUGGGCAGCGGCAGCGCGUGGCCGUGGCGCGCGCGCUGUACUCGAACGUCAACUGCGUCAUUCUGGACGAUCCGCUGUCCGCGCUGGACGUUCAUGUCGGGCUGCACGUCUUCGAGAACGGCAUCAGGAAGCUGUUGGUGCAGCAGGGCAGGACUGUCAUCUUGGUCACACACAAGCUCCAGUAUCUGAAGCACGCAGACCAGGUGGUGGCGCUGGAGCGGGGCCGGGUGCGGCAGCAGGGCACCUUGGCCCAGAUCGCCGAGGCCGACCCGGAGCUGUACCGGCGCUGGCAGCAGCUCAUCCAGCUGAACCAGCAGCAGGAGAACCAGGAGGCGGCCGCCGAGACGCGGACGGCCCGCGAGCGCUGGCGCUUGCUGCAGAAGAUCCAGAAGGCCAGCCGGCUCAUGACGGCGGCGCCGGCCGUCAGCCGCGACAAGUUCUCGUCGUUCCGUCGCGCAGCGCUGGGGCGGCGCUCGUCGCUGCGCCACCACAUGUCGCACGGGCUGCCAGUGCCGCUGGACGUGGGCAGCGACGAUUACGGCGCGGUGCCUCGGCGGCGCGCCACCACC